AUGUUUGAAAGUGAUCAUCAAAAAGGAAAAGUGGUAUUAAUUUUGGCAUUUGUCUUGUUUUUCUAUUAUACCAUUUGGAUACUUGGUCUGCCGUUCAUCGACGACGAUAAAUUCAGGUUUCUCUUUUACUCCCACGAUCUGGCUCUGAUGGUUCCCGCGAGUUUCGGUUUAAUUUUCAUUGGCGGUUUAAUACUUUUUACUAUAUAUCAUGUAAAACCAUAUUUGUCUCUACAUAAAACAGAGAAGGAGAAAUAGAACAAUUUAAUGGCAAAUUAUCAAGACUCGCGAUGGUGUUAGAAAGCGGUGUUAUCGCGAUAUAUCAUACACGUCGCGUUAUAUAACUCACGCAUACAGCUGAUAUCCGUGUGAUAUAAAAUACUGUGAUUAAAAUCGUCUGUUAUAUAAUCGAUGCUACAUCAUUUCGCGUUUACUCUAAAUUAUUCAACGAGAAAGCAUCUUUUAUUGUAUUUCUAAUAUGUGUUGAAUAGGU